AUCUCUUUCAAAACCGUAUUGCAUUGCUCUCUCUUGAAAAAACAAAAACCCCUGUCAUGGCUGAUCAACAACCUGCUGCACCGGAAAUUGCUGAUCAACAACUUGCACCACCGGAAAUGGCUGAUCAACAACCUGCUGCACCGGAAAUUGCUGAUCAACAACUUGCACCACCGGAAAUGGCUGAUCAACAACCUGCUGCACCGGAAAUUGCUGAUCAACAACUUGCACCACCGGAAAUGGCUGAUCAACAACCUGCUGCACCGGAAAUUGCUGAUCAACAACUUGCACCACCGGAAAUGGCUGAUCAACAACCUGCUGCACCGGAAAUUGCUGAUCAACAACUUGCUCCACCGGAAAUGGCUGAUCAACAACCUGGUUCACCGGUCACGUCUGAUACUUUAUACAGAUCAUUAAAGCCACUAUUCUAUUAUAGGACGACGAGGAGAAGGCUCAUUCCGACUGAACCAUACGUUGAUGUAACCUUUCUACAAGACACGCAACCGUGUUCUGAAUUGUGUUGCUUAAGAUCAUGCUAUUCUGUUGUUUGUUGCUGCGUGGCGUAUGGGAUAUACAUAUAUCUAACAACUGAACGAAAGAAGAAGUGACUGGCUGUAUACUACACACGAGUUUCUUUACCUUGUUAAAUUCGAAUGAUCAUUUUAUUUUUAGGCAAUAUGAUCAUUUACAUGUCCUUUUAUUUUUCUCUGUAAGCUACAC